CCGGAAGUAGGUUUUGGUGUCAGUUUAGCCACAGUUUCUAUCUUUGGCUUCGCCUUCAUUUCCUACUCAGAAUAACAACAACAAAGACAGAUUGAUAACAAAUAAUUAUUCAAAUCGUCUCAAAUAAAGGAAUAGACUCUGAAUCGGAGAGAUAGAGCACAGCCAGCUAUGCUGACAGAUGCAGGUUAGCGAGCUAUUUCCAUACUCUGACGGUAUUGUCUGACAGCUCAGCUUUUGAGCUAACGUUAGCCAGCGUAACGCAUAUUCACAUUGCUGUUAGUUUUGGGAAGCUGAGUAUUGGUCGAUGGUGCAGCACAUUAUACAGUGAAUGCUUCAGGUGCUCGGCGUGCCAAGAAGAGGACAGCAAUGGAGUCAUCAUCUGGGGAUGGUCAGUCGUCCCUUCGCUCCUCUGGUAGACAGGUCAACGUCAGAAUGAAGCGCUGUAAUAAUCCUCCACCUGGACAGACUAAAAGAAAAGCCACUGACACAGAGGAAGAAGAGGACCAAUCUGAGAAGAAGUACAGAAAGUGUGAAAAGGCUGGAUGCUCGGCCACAUACCCAGUGUGCUUUGCUAGCGCCUCUGAAAGGUGCGCCAAAAACGGCUACACUUCUCGGUGGUACCAUUUGUCCUGCGGGGAGCACUUUUGCAAUGAGUGUUUUGAUCACUACUAUAGAAGUCACAAAGAUGGCUAUGAGACAUAUGCAUCCUGGAAGAGGGUUUGGACUGGCAAUGGGAAGAGUGAGCCCAGUCUGAAAGCUUUCAUGGCAGAUCAACAGCUUCCAUACUGGGUCCAAUGCACUAAGCCAGACUGUGGGAAAUGGCGUCAGCUCACCAAGGAGAUCCAGCUCACUGCCUCACUAGCAGCCACGUAUCGCUGUGGCAUGAAGUUCAACAAUGUCAAGACCGAAGGGCCAGACCAGUGCUCUCUGCCAGAAGAUUUGAGAGUGGCAGAGGUGAUCGACAGCUGGUGGCAUUCCAUGCUGAUCCUGCCCCCGUUAUUUAAGGACAGCCCGGCCAACCCGUUCCUCACAGCCUACUAUCCCGACUGUGUGGGCAUGAGCCCCUCAGGAUCCACCAGCAACCACUCUCAUGCUGAGUUGAGGGCAGAGCACUGCAGAGCCGUCCCACCACAGAUUCCAGGGCUGUGUCCAUACUUCCAGCCCUUUUACCAGCCCAACGAGUGUGGGAAGGCCUUGUGUGUGCGACCGGACAUGAUGGAGCUGGAUGAGCUCUACGAGUUUCCAGAGUUUUCCCGUGACCCCACCAUGUACCUGGCCCUGCGCAACCUUAUCCUGGCCUCCUGGCACAGAGGCUGUAAGGAGGUGCUGACACCCCAGAACUGUGCUCCCCACAUCAUUGUGAGAGGGCUGGUGCGUGUGCGUUGUGUACAAGAAAUGGACAGGGUGCUUCUCUUCAUGACCAGGAAGGGUCUGAUCAACACUGGGGUUUUAUCAGUCAAACAGCCCCUGCUUCCCGAGCGCUACCACAACAAGAACGUGAUUGUGAUUGGAGCCGGGGCAUCGGGGCUGGCUGCUGCGCGGCAACUGCAAAACUUUGGCAUGCAGGUGGUGAUGCUCGAGGCGAGUGAGCGGAUUGGAGGGCGGGUGUGGGAUGAUACAUCGCUGGGCGGCGUCACGGUGGGUCGGGGGGCCCAGAUUGUGAACGGCUGUGUGAACAACCCAAUUGCACUGAUGAGUGAGCAGCUCAGCAUUAAUAUGCACAAGCUGGGGGAGAGGUGUGACCUGUUCCAGGAGGGAGGGAGUGCCACAGACCCGGCCAUCGAUAAGCGCAUGGACUUCCACUUUAACGCCAUCCUGGAUGUGGUGUCAGAAUGGAGGAAAGACAAGUCUCAGAACCAGGACACUCCUCUGGGAGAAAAAAUCCAGGAGGUCUACAAGACAUUCCUUCAGGAGUCUGGGGUCCAGUUCAGCCAGUUGGAGGAGAAAGUGCUUCAGUUCCAUCUCAGCAACCUGGAAUAUGCCUGUGGAAGCACACUGGACCAGGUAUCAGCUCGGUCCUGGGACCACAACGAGUUCUUUGCUCAGUUCUCAGGAGACCAUACACUGCUGACAGAGGGCUAUUCGUCUGUGCUUAACAGACUGGCUGAGGGUCUCGAUAUCCGCAUCAAGAGCCCGGUUCAAGCUAUCGAUUACUCAGGGGAUAUAGUCAAAGUUACCUCAUCCAAUGGGACUCAGUGGACAGCACAGAAAGUUCUGGUGACAGUCCCAUUGACUUUACUCCAGAAGAAUAUCAUUAAAUUCAACCCUCCUCUUCCUGAGAGAAAGCUGAAAGCCAUCCACAGUCUUGGAGCAGGUCUCAUUGAAAAGGUUGCUCUGCAGUUCCCGUUUCGCUUCUGGGACGGAAAGAUCCAAGGAGCAGAUUACUUUGGCCACAUUCCACCCAGUCCUGACAAGAGAGGGAUGUUUGGUGUAUUCUAUGACAUGGAUCCACAGGGAAAGCGGAGUGUCCUGAUGUCCGUCAUCACUGGUGAAGCUCUGCCCUCUAUCAGGGACAUGGAGGACAAAGAUGUCGCUGAUCAGUGCAUGAAGGUGCUGCGUGAACUCUUCAAGGAGCAGGAGGUCCCAGAGCCGGUGAAUUACUUUGUGACUCGGUGGAGCAGAGACAUGUGGUCUCAGAUGUCAUACAGCUUUGUGAAGACAGGAGGCAGUGGGGAAGCCUAUGACGUCAUUGCUGAAGAUGUACAAGGAAAAGUGUUCUUUGCUGGGGAGGCGACCAACAGGCACUUUCCUCAGACGGUAACAGGAGCCUAUUUGAGUGGCGUCCGAGAAGCGAGUAAAAUAGCUGCUUUGUAACUCCUUCCCUUCGAGCGGUCACACGAUACCAGCAUAAAGACAUCUAAGUUGUACAGAGCAAAGCAUUCGCUCCCCAAGCUGCUCCUCUUCAAGUGGUGUCUUCCUUGUGUGUACUGUUCCUCGUGUGAGCAGAGAUGGCUAAUGCUGUUUGAAAUAUUAUGGUUAAGUUUUUCUGUUAUUAUGAGUGAAAUAUGACGCAUCUUGUUGGUUUAGUUGGAGAUCACUAUAAUUCAGGAUCGGCAGCACACGUAUGCUCCUAAACAAUUAAUUGUGAUGUACAAAUGGAUAAACUGUAUUUACAUUCAAUAUGGAUCGUCACCAUUUGUUUGUCAAUAUUACAUAUCAUUAAUGGCUUUAAAAAAUAAUAUAAAUAUAUGUUUUAUAGUCAGAUACACCAGCUAGGUGCAGUGAAAUGUGUUGUUUUACAGGAUCAGCCAUAGUAGUACGUCGCCCCAGGAGCAAAUUAGGGUUAAGUGCCUUGCUCAAGGGCACAUCGACUUAUUUUUCACCUUGUCAGCUUGGAGAUUAGAACCAGCAGCCUUUCAGUUACUGGCUCAACGCUCUAACAGCUAGGCUACCUGUUAACAGCUAGGCUACCUGUUAAGCUGUUAACAAGGGCACAUCGACUUAUUUUUCACCUUGUCAGCUUGGGUAUUAGAACCAGCAGCCUUUCAGUUACUGGCCCAGUGCUCUAACAGCUAGGCUACCUGUUAACCGCUAGGCUACCUGUUAACCGCUAGGCUACCUGUUAACCGCUAGGCUAACUGCUGCCCUUUUAAAGUUCCAAUGCGUGUGUGUGGGGAUAAUGAGCGCUUCACUGUCCAAGGACUAAUAUGAUUUUAGUUGAGACGUUAUGUAAAUGAGUACUUCUGCAUUAGUGUUUUUUGGGGGGGUUUUGUAAUGAUUCAUUCAUUCAUUAUAAUUCACGUUUUCAUAAACCUGGCCAAAUAAAACAAACACCAAAUAAGGAUGGGUCAUUUGGCUUUAAUCAGAGUGACUGGUUAGUUAGUGUAGACUUCAGUUGGGUAUUAGUUGUACCUGCAUUGUUUUUAGCGAGUAAAGUUGAAAACAUUUGACAGUUGUCUCUCUCUUUCUCCAGGUUAUUGAGGCUUUAGUUGGCUACCACACUGAUCAUGUUCCUCUGUCUAUAUUCUGACACCAUGUUCGAACAUGGCAUUUAUUAAACAUGUGUAGCUUAAUAAAUGAACCAAACUAA